AUGUAUGUCCCGCUGUCCAGUCUCAGAGAACUGAUCACCGAAUCCAAAGUGGAGGACAUACUUCGUGAGGAGGGGUUGGUGCAAGAUCGCAAUGCAGAGACAGAAGCCAGGAGGAUUGUUCAGACCUCUAUGAAACUAUUCGCAAUCCUCGUCAGCAGGAAAAGAGGUGCUGAUAUCUUGAGGUUUCUGGAUGAGGGGAUAAGUGACACCGAUUUGCCUUUCGUCAUGAAGCCUGCAAGAACUGGAAGCGAGCGAAUGACACUACAGACAAAUGGAGGCCGCGAUAUCAAGGUUCUAAGUGAAUGGACUGAUCCUGAAAUCAAGAGCCUGGCGAAAAAGCAAUGGCGUAUGUUGGCCCCGGUGUUUGAGCAGGGCAAACAUUACGAUUUUCCGGUUGCUCAAAUCUUACCUUUCACGAAUUCGGGACGAAUUGAGAUUGAAAGCGGCUUCAGUGAGGUCUUUCAGGCCUUUAUACAUCCUGCUCAUCACACCUUUUGGGAUUUUCCUGUUUGCCGGAUUGAUUAUCAGAGAGUCUUGUGGUCGUUGAAGCAAAUGACAGGCCUCGCAAGCGCGCUCUCUUUGAUCCACGGGUUUCAGCUGCUGGACGAACGUCAGCCUGGUCGUUAUUUCGGACGUCAUGGUGAUUUGAAAGCAGAGAACAUCGUGUGGUUCCCGUCUUACCCUGGAUGCACUGACUCGGACGGAAUAUUGCAAAUCACGGACCUAGGCCUGGCUAGUCUUCAUAGCAUCGGAUCGGUAUCCAAUGGUGACCCGGCCGGCAUGCUUGGUACUAAAACUUAUAGGCCUCCAGACAAUUAUCGCAACCUGCGCAUAUCCCGGAAGUGGGACAUUUGGAGUCUUGGCUGCCUAUAUUUGGAGUUCAUUACCUGGAUAGUACUUGGAUUCGAUGCUAUCGUGGAGUUUGCCGAGCUUCGCGGUGCCGAAGGUGGUGAGACGGAUGAAUUCAGCGAAGAUUACUUUUACACGACUGAUCUCAGAGACGUACGGCCAUCAGUGAAGGCGUGGGUAACCCGCUUAUCAGAAGAUGAACGAUGUUCUGAUAUGCUUUAUGGUCUCUUGUGUUUGAUCAUGCGGAAAAUGAUUCGCAUCGAGCCUAAGGACCGAAUCGACUCUCAGCAACUCCACCAACAAUUACUUAACCUCCUUGAACAAGCAGCGAGUAAUGGAACCUAUCUCGCCAGGGCUAGUGAAAGAUCCCCAAUCUGA